CAACGUUCAAAAAAGCGUACGCUCAGGCGCGCUUAAGCGCAGCUUAGAGCGAAGCGGAGGCCAAACGCUCCGUUUCAGGCCUGAGCGGGAGGAAAAGCGCUAAGCGCGAUUAAGCAGUCCGAUUAAGCGUUGAGAGGCGCCUAAGCGCGCGAAAGGGGGCAGAAAAGAAGAAAAGCGCGUCGCUGAGCGUCCAUGGUCGCGGGCGGCAAAACGAAAAAAUUGAGGGGAACUGACCGGGAAAAGUAUGUAGAAGAUGAGGAUAGGAUUCCUGGGCACCCCAAUCGACCACUCCCCUGCACGCGAUCCACAGAGAGAGGCAGGGAGAGAGGCGGCGGCAGCGGCACAUCCCGAUUCCCACCUUCUGCUCCGCCGGCGACGCUGCUCCUCCACCGCCGUCCAUCUCGUCCUCCAGGCCGGCGGGACGUGUACUGCCCUCCUCCGCUGCCCGUCCCGCUCAUCCCCUCUCCGCCCAGGCGCUCGAUUUCAGAUCGAGCUCGACCUCAUCGCCGCCGGCUGUCCGCCAUGCCUCGGCCCUCAGGUACCGUCAAGAAAUGGACAUUGAUCCGGGUGCGGGUGAAUCGGUGCCUGAGCAUCCGGAGAAAGGACUUGGAGAACAAGAAAGUGGAGAAAAACCAAGCCAAAUCAAACUAUGUGAACCAUAUCCUUUAUUCUUCUUGCAAUUGUAGCAUUGCAUGCAUGCGUAUGGUACAAAAUUACAACAUAUUAUGGUCUAUGUAUGGCUAGAUUGUCUUCCCUGCGCCUGUCCGUACGCUUUUACCCUGAACGCUUAAGCAGCGCUUAAGCUUGCUUAAGCAGUAGUUCCUCUAGGCUGAGCCUCUCCGCUCGCUUAGCGCUCAGCGCUUUUUUGAACGUUG